AACAUAACCCAGCUGUUGCUAGGCAACGUCUGUUUGGUGUUACUAACGUUAGUUGAGUUACCGACCGGUUUGAAUAAAUAGUUCCAGCAAAAAUUGAACUUUUCGAUGAAACAAGGCUUUUAUUAACACUUUACUGGAGAAAGAGCGAAUAUAUUCAGUUUUCCAACCAUGGCUCUUGAAACACAUGGCGUGCCUCAACUUGAACUGGAGUCUGUUAUUGGGUUCAAUGGGCGUGUGUUUUCUGGCCUGAGAGUCCAUCCAGACAGAGAGCACCUGAUCUAUCCUCUGGGAUGCACAGUCAUUCUGAAGAGAAUCAAAGAUGGCAAGCAGGAGUUCCUGCAAGGACACACAAACAAUGUAUCCUGUAUUGCAGUGUCCAAACAUGGAUCAUAUAUUGCCUCUGGACAAGUCAACUAUAUGGGCUUUAAGGCUACAGUAAUUAUCUGGGACUAUGCACAGCGAACAAUCUACGCCCAGCUGCUCCUCCACAAGGCAAAGGUAGAGGCACUGGCCUUCUCUCCCAAUGACAAGUACCUGGUGUCCCUUGGGGGUCAGGAUGAUGGCAGCAUAGUGGUAUGGAAUAUUGAGACCAAGCAGGCCAUUUGUGGGAGCCCAGCUUCAGCUCACAGUGCCGGUCACUGCCUCACUGUGCAGUACUCCAACACAAACGACAAUAUCUUUGUUUCUGCUGGCAGUGGAACAUUGCGAGUAUGGGAGCUGGACCUCGUCAACAGGAAGAUCAGGCCCACAGAGUGUCAGACAGGCAAGCUGAAGAGGAUUGUGAAAUGUGUAGAGAUUUCAGAGGAUGAUCAGUUCAUUUACUGUGGCACCACCAGUGGAGACAUAAUGAAAAUCAACCUGAAGACAGGGCUUCUGGGUGAAUGCGGUCCAGUUAAAACAAAAUACAGCCUGGGUGUCAGUGUCCUAAGGAUACUGAAGUCUGGGAACCUGCUUGUGGGAUCUGGAUCUGGCACCUUCACUCUAUGUUCCAGCACUAACUUCAAAACUAUUAAGGAAGUCCAGCUGGAAAAGGGGGUGACCUCCAUCGCUCUAAGAGGAGAGGGCCAGCAGUUCUUUGUUGGGACAGAGGCUGCUCAGAUGUAUCGCUUCAAUUAUGAGGACCACAAAGCUGAACUUAUUUCCACCAGCCACAACAGUGCUGUCAAGGACGUCGUCAUAUGUUUUGGAACGUCUGAAUUAUUUGCAACCUGCUCUGAGGAGGACAUCAGGUUGUGGCACAUAGAUAAGCCCAAAGAGCUGCUGCGUAUCACUGUACCCAACAUGACUUGCAACUCCCUGGACUUCAUGGCCGAUGGACAUAGCAUCAUCAGUGCAUGGAAUGAUGGUAAGAUUCGAGUGUUUGCGCCAGAAAGUGGCCGACUCAUGCUCAUCAUUCACAACGCACACAGAAUGGGUGUGACAGCCAUCGCCGGCACCAGGGACUGCAAGAGGAUCGUUAGUGGAGGGGGAGAGGGGCAGGUGCGUGUGUGGGAGCUGCAGCCACGUGGCCAUCGGCUUCUGGAGACCAUGAAAGAGCACAAAGCCACUGUCACUUGUAUCAAAAUCAAGAGUGACGACAAAGAGUGUGUCACUGCCAGCUCUGAUGGUGCCUGCAUCAUCUGGGACAUAGUGCGGUUUGUGAGUCUUCAAAUGGUGAUCGCCAACACACUGUUCCGGACACUGUGCUACCACCCAGAGGAAUACCAGAUCAUCACCAGUGGCACUGACAGAAAGGUUUCCUACUGGGACGUGUAUGACGGUUGUGCCAUCCGAGAAUUGGAAGGCUCGCAGUCUGGCGCCAUCAACGGGUUGCACAUCUCGCAGGAUGGCAAACACUUUGUGACAGGUGGAGAUGACAAGCUGGUGAAGGUGUGGGACUACAUGGAAGGUGUAGUAACCCACAUAGGAAUAGCUCAUGGUGGCAGUAUCACCAGCAUUAGGCUCUGCUCCAACAACAAGACCUUAAUCAGCACCAGCGCAGACGGAGCCAUUCUCCGAUGGAAGUUUCCUCACCCCCUUUCCUCGUAAUGUGGCAUGUACUCCACAUUAGAAGAAGAACUAGAAGCAACAUAAACGUUUAAUGUAGUACCACCACACUCAUACUCAAAUUUCUCCCUGAUCUUUCCUAUUAGUGAAUGUUCCUAUGAGAAUUCAACAAUCUUACAUUAACAUUGCACCAAAGGAAAUAAAUGUAAUACGAUUAAGCAUCAA